UCGCACUGACAAAACAUAAAUAAAAUAAAAAUAACUACAACUAAAAACUACGCAACGCAUAAAUUAAGAAACAAUUGACAAACACAACAAACAAAAGGCUACAAACUGAGCAACCAGGCAGUAGCAUGUAAAGAUGCUAAAGUACAUCAAGAGGCAGACCAGCCGUCGUCGGAGCAGCGCCCACGACGCGGCGGUGGCUCCCAGUGAUGAUGUGGACGUGAUAGACUGUGCGGCGCAGAAGCGACAUUCGCUGCGGUCCACAACCAGUUUCUGUGAUGAGGUUUUUAUGGAAGAGGAAGAAGGCGGUGGCAACGGCGGCAACGGCAGCGGAGGCGCAUCCGAUGCCGUCAGCCUGCUGAAUGGCGGGGGCCCUGAUGAUGAAAUAUUCAAAUACAAUUCGCGGCUCUCCAUGGAUCUGGCGGCGAUUGUCAGCGAACCGAAUUGCUUGAGUUAUUUCAUCCAGUACCUGGAGACGCGACAGGCACUGGCCUUGAUCAAGUUCUAUCUGGACAUAGAGAACUUUAAGCGUGCGGCUGUGGGCUGCCACACAGAGCGGGAGAAGGAAGAGCCCGAAGCGCCGGCGACCAAAGCGGAAAAGCAGAAGCCAAACGAGGAGAACGAUGUACCUGAACUGAAGACGCUGUGCGAUCUGUCGAUGAGGAAGCCCCUCACGGACGACGAGAAGAGCCGCAUAUACGCGGAGACCAACAAGCAGAUCAACAAACAGAAGGCCAGCAGCGAGCUCUCGCUGGCGAGCGUCAGCGAUGCCAUUGCCAUCUACCAGAAGUAUCUGAUAGUCAAUGCGAGUCUGCAGGUGGAGCUGCCCAUUGUCAUCCUCGCGCACAUCUCGCUGCUGCUCUGUGGCCGGGACAAGUCGCUGCCGCACCAGCCCAUUCCCGCCAGCUGCUUUGACGAGGCGCGCGACCAUGUGCUGGAGCAGCUGGAGCGCGGGCAUGUGCAGGGCUUCCUGCAGAGCAGCUACUACUGCAGCUACUGCCUGGAGCUGAUCGAGGGCGUGGGCAGCAUCAACAUCUACGAUGUGCUCUACAGCGAGCUGGCUCUGUUCUACUUCACGGAGUACCUGGAGCAGCAGCAGGAGCGCGAGUGCCUCGAGUUCUGGAUAACGGCCAUCAAUUUCCGCAAGAGUUUCGCCGGCGAUGAGGACCAGCAGGCGGCCCAGUCCGAUGCCAUGAUCAUCUACGAGCGCUACUUCUCGCUGCAGUCCGAGUGCCGUCUGUGGAUGUCCCAGAAGCUGCGGCUGCGCGUGGAGCAGGCCAUCUGCGGCCCCGCUGACAUGUGGCAGGCCUUCGAUCUGGCGCUGCUCGUCACGGCCAAGUAUCUGGAUCAAAAGUACUUUGCGGACUUCCUCAGCUCCCACAUCUUUGACAAUUAUGUCAACGAGCUGAAGGCCAAGCGGGGCACCCCAGUCGCCGCGCAGGAUGUGCCGGACUCGCUGCAGCACAAACUGAGCCUGCGAGGCGCUUCCAAGCUGUCCGCACAGCAGCGGCACCGCAAGACCAUGUCCAUGUCCGACUGCACGCACAUCUCGCAGCACAACACACUGCUGGCCGCGAUGGAUCAGCACACGAAGCAGCCCUCAGCCGCUGGCAAUCUCAACAUUGAUGCGCGGCAGCUGACAAAUCCGCAGCUGCUCUGGCAGCGUCCCGUGGGGGCAUUGAAAUUUGGGUUUGUCAACUCGCUCGGGCGCUACGAGCGAGACUUUGAGGCUGUGGACGCUGUGGCGCUGAAGUCGCAGCCUUGGUCGCUGGGCGUCAGUGGGAGCAAGAUCAAGAAUGCCAUGCGCAAGCUGGUCAAUCUGCCCGAGGACAAUGUGCAGGAGGAGAUUGCCUGGCAGGUGGCCGAAAUGAUUGUGAAGGACGUGACAAGCAUUACACUCAAAGGCGCCUCCGGCGUGCCUUAAGACUCGUUUCUCUUCCUCGCUGAAUGUGCUUUCCCCUUUUUAUAUCGAAUCUUAAGCAAUUAUUUCUCAAAUUUGAUCACUUUUAGUAUUUAGUUUACAAUUCUUUUGGCGCUCAAAUCAAAGCAAACAAAAAGUGCACAAAGGAAAUCAAACUCCCAACAGAAGCUCUCUCUACCGCUCUCUUAUGUACAAAAUACGUUGAACAAAUGCAACUAAUUAUUAUUAACUAUUUACAUA